CCCGCAUGCCCAAAAAACCAGACCAUUCCUUCCCUUCUCACUCACUUCCCAACCCCCACUCUACUCUCACACACCCACCUAUAAAUUCCAUCUACCCCCACUUCUCUCUCUCACCUGUAGUCCCAAACUCCACUAUCUCUAUCUCUAUCUCUAUCUAAUUUCUCUCUUUCUUUGCAAUACACAUCUCUUUCACUAUUUUGUUCUACACUAGUAUAACUAUACCUUCUAGCUAGCUACUAGCUCUUUCAGUUUCUAACAAUCACAACUAUCAUCAAUGGCUGUAUCUGGUUUUGAAGGCUUUGAGAAACGCCUAGAGCUUCAUUUCUUUGGUGAUGAUCCUGCAGUUAUAGACAUGGGUCUAAGGCAGCUUGAGUUUGAGUCACUAGAACAAGUCCUACAUGCAGUCCAAUGCACUGUGGUCUCGGCUGUAGGGAAUCACUACUUUGAUGCCUACGUGUUAUCUGAGUCCAGCCUCUUUGUUUACCCCACAAAGAUCAUCAUCAAGACUUGUGGGACCACUCAGCUUCUCAAAUCAAUCCGUCCAUUGCUUCACUAUGCUCAUCAUCUUGGUCUCACUCUUUGCUCUUGCCGCUACACUAGAGGUAGCUUUAUUUUCCCAAAGGCACAACCUUUCCCACACACUAGCUUCAAAGAAGAAGUUAUCUAUUUGGAAGAGACCCUUCCUUCCAAUCUUUGUUAUAGAAAAGCUUCGGUGAUGCCCUCUAAAGUCCCUUCUCAUUCUUGGCAUGUUUUCACUGCUAGUAAUACUAGUGAGGCUCACAUGGCUCUCACACACCCUCAUAUUCCUGAUGUGUUGUACACAUUAGAAAUAUGUAUGACUGAGCUUGAUCGUGUUCUAGCUCGAAAGUUCUUUAGGCGACCAAAUGAUAACAAGACUGGUGACACUGCAGGGAAGGAAAUGACUGAGAUUACUGGGAUUAAUGACAUUAACCCCGGUGCUCUUAUUUGUGACUUUGCAUUUGACCCUUGUGGGUACUCAAUGAAUGGGGUUAUUGAUGGUGAUCGUUACUCUACAAUUCAUGUUACCCCUGAGGAUGGUUAUAGUUAUGCAAGCUUUGAAUGUGUGGGGUCAAUUUACGAUGAUCAUGAUGAUGUUGCCAAUGUUUUGAAGAAGGUUGUGCAAGUGUUUAGGCCAGCAACUAUGUCUGUAUCAACCACAUGUGCCAGUCAUGAAGUUUGGACAAGGGUGGCUAGUGCACUCGAGCCACUUGGACUCAAAUGCCGGAGUUGUGCAAUGGAUGAGUUUCCGGCUGCGGGGAGCGUCGUGUUUCAAGCGUUCACGGCUCGCCGGAAGUGACCCGAAGGCGGUGGUGCUGGUGGUGGUAGAUAUGGGGGGGUCAGGGGUCAGGAAGGUUUAAUAGGAGGGAAAGAGGAGUUUAGAGAGAGAGUUUAGAGUUUAGUUGAAAACAUUUUUAGGAAUGAUGAUGAUGUGGACGAAUGUGAUUGGAUAAUGGGGAUGAUGAAUGUGGGGUUGACUUGUUGUAGAAAGAGAAAAAAAAAAGUGGGAGCAAAGAUUA